AUGGGUGUCACAUCAGAGAUAACGGUCUAUAACAAUGACAAAGAAAGCAGCGAAUCGAAACCCCCAUCCCGCAAUACGCAUCUCAGCGUCGAGGAAUUCUCACCCACGCUCGAAGAAGGAUUCCGACUUCGACCCCCAGUCUGCGACGAGGACGUUGAACACCAAUUUGAAGAUGAUGACAGUGAAGCUCGCAAUCGUCGCCGCUUGGCCAAGCGUGAAAAUGCUGGGUGGAGGCCCGGGGUUAGGGAAUGGCUGGUUCUCAUCUGCGUAUCGAUUGUGGUUAUGAUGGAUGCGUUUGAUGCGACGGUAGUGAUUCCUCUGGUACCUUAUCUUUCCCAUGCCUUUGCAAGACCACUCGAAAACAUCCUAUGGCUGCCAGCGGGCUACCUUCUCGCCAAUGCAGGAGGGCAGAUGAUAUUCGCUAUGCUCUCCGAGAUAUUCAACUACGGGUCGCUCAUGAUAGUUGCUCUUCUCUUCGCCACGGCCGGAACAGGCGUCUGUGGCGGCUCCAUGGAUUUCCCUGACUUGCUCGCCGGUCGAACAGUACAGGGCAUUGGCGGCGGCGGUGUGACGGCGAUUUCAUUCUUGGUCGUGAUGGACACCAUGCCAGGUUCGCAUUGGAUUCGGUAUACAGGUUGGUUAUCCACAGUCCGUGUGAUUGGCGCUAUACUAGGUCCGCUCCUCGGUGGACUAUUUGUCGACUAUGUCCGGUUCAACUGGGCGUUUUAUUUCAACUUUGCAUUCUGUGGCCUCGGUUUGCUGAUAUGCCCUUUUGCUGUGGAUUUGGGCUCGAAGAAAGGUACCCGCCUUUCCAAGCUUAAGAAGAUGGAUUGGCCCGGCUGCAUCCUUGUUCUCACGGGAGUUGGCUUUUUUCUUGUCGGGAUGUGUUGGGGUGGUACGGAGUAUUAUUGGAAAGACUGGGAGACGGUGAUGCCAAUAACUGUUGGAGGAGUGAUAAUUGUUGCCCUCAUGUUAUGGGAGAUGUUUUGGGCAACACGGCCGUUGUUUGCACUGAAAGCGCUGGGUUUGCAAGAUCCGCGGUCAACAGCGAUAGCGUAUAUCAGCAGUUUCCUUCACGGCUUUCUGAUAUUUUGCCAACUACAAUACCUCGUCCUAUACAUGACCUCUGUGAAAUAUUUCUCUCGGUCUCUGGCGGGAAUAGUCUCCGUCGUCCUCACAGGACAAACUCUUAUUACCAUUGUUGUGGUAUGCCAGACUGGAAUUCUCAGAAAACUCCAAUCACAUUGGAUAAUCCGGAUCGGUUGGGCAAUAACUCUCAUCAGCACGGGAUGCUUCAUCAUUCUUCACAAGCGCACCCCAAUGCCCGGCGUGGUAUUCAUGUUCUUUGCAGCAGGAACCGCUCAUGGUUUUCUGGUCUCUGGAUAUAAUGCUUUCUUCACAGAAAAAGGACUUCAACGGCAGCAAGAUGAGGACCAGGGUUCCGAUUUAUCCACCACUUCUUUGCCAAUUCUGAUGUACCCGCUCCUCAGGACAUGGGGAAUGUGCGUUGCUGUGCCUGUCAUUGGAGCCAUCUUGCUGGGUCAAUUAAUACGCCAGAUGGAGAAAAAUGGACUUGAUACUUCAAAUGAGUUCUACAUUCGUUUGAACGAGAUUUUGUUGUCCGAGGGGGGAAGAGAUGAACUAGAGAUUCUGGAUGGAGUUGGGUUUCGGCUGGUUUGGGAAGUCGUUACAGCACUCGCUGGUGUGGGAGGGAUUCUGUCGCUGUUUAUUAAAAAGCCUUAG